UUGAGUUUAGCUCCUGAAUGAGGUCUUCUGCUGCUCUCCUCGGUGUCUGUUCACAGUUUAUUGUCAACACGUUGAGAGAAGAGUGAGAGAGUGUUUGGAGAAAAACACCAACUAAUCAUUAGCUCAGCACGCUGGGAGAAGUUGAGCGUUUGCUGGCAGAAAGUUGGAGCAGAAAAGUCUUUUCAUUGUCCCUGCAGCUGUUUUUCUGCCUGCACCAAACCUCUACAGCCUCAUAUUUAAGUGAUAACAGGAAAUCAGAGCGAUCUGCUGCAGUAUCAGGGUCACAAUAAACUUUACUGUCCAGCUGCUGAGCAGCAAAGAGAAUAAAAAUAUAUUGUGGUGGUUAAUGUGCAGCUCUUGGUGAUUUGGAAGAAGAAGAAUGUUUUUAAUCACGUUGUGGAUUGAAGGUUGGAUUAUAUUUAUUUUUUCUACUUGUGGUUUAUGAUGGACAGUCUGAGGCUGGUCUAUCUGCUUUACCAAACCAUGAUUUAUUUAUCUAACACUUUAAAAACAACACAUGGCUUUGUGAGGGUUCUAUUUCUUAAACAGUCACGAUUGUCAUACACCUGUCAUGUAUGGAAAGAGAACCCAGGAAUAAAAAUACAUAUCUAUACUUUUGUGUCCCAGCUGAGUAACAGGAGGAGGAGAGUCUGGUGGAGCAGCAGAGGAACAGUUUCAGCCAUUUGGACUCAGCUCAGCCACUACAGAGGAAACAAUGACUUCAACACAGAAGGACCAACAUGGAGCGAGAAGUCAGCGCUCUCAGGAGGCCGACAAACCUCACAGAACAAAGGGAGAGAAAAGAUACAGCUGUGAUGUGUGUGGGAAGGUUUUUGCUCACAGUAGCAACUUACGACAUCAUCAAGUUACCCACUCUGGAGUUAAGGCGUACAGCUGUGACUUGUGUGGAAAGUCUUUUACCCAGGCUGGAAGCUUAAAAACACACCAAUUCCUUCAUACUGGAGUUAAACCGUACAGCUGUGAUCAGUGUGGUAAAGCUUUUGCUUGUAGUAGCACCUUAGAUCUUCAUCAAGUUACUCACUCUGGAAUUAAAGCGUACAGCUGUGAUGAGUGUGGAAAGUCUUUUACCCAGGCUGGAAGCUUAAAAAUACACAAACUCGACCACAGUGGGGUUAAACCGUACAGCUGUGAUCAGUGUGGUAAAGCUUUUCCCGUCAGUAGAAGCUUACAGAAUCACAAAGUUAUCCACUCUGGAAUUAAGGCAUACAGCUGUGAUCAGUGUGGUAAAGCUUUUGCUCGAAGUAGUGGCUUAAAGAGUCAUCAAGUUACGCACUCUGGAAUUAAGGCACACAGCUGUGAUCAGUGUGGUAAAGCUUUUGCUCGAAGUAGCGAAUUACAAAGUCAUCUAGUUACGCACUCUGGAAUUAAGGCAUACAGCUGCGACAUUUGUGGAAAAACUUUUUGCCGGCUACUCAGCCGAAAUUUUCACCGACGCAUUCACACCAAAAAUGAUUUUUGCUUCUGUGAUCAGUGUGGCAAACGGUUUGUGGCAUACAAAUACUUACGUGAACACAUGUUAACCCACACUGAGGAGAGACCUUAUAAAUGUGAGCUGUGUGAGAAGACUUUUAAAUGUCAACGUUACCUGAGAGUCCACCAACAGAUUCACACCAGAAAGAAACUCUACAAGUGUAGUUACUGUGAGAAGCAGAGCGACACAGAUGGAUCCAGUUCUGAACCCUGUCGUCACUGUGGUGGUGGGAAAGAGUUUCGUUGUGACCUUUGUGGAAAAACUUUCAAUCGUCCAGAGAACCUAAAGGGCCUUGGUCACGACAGCAGCAUCCCAAGCAGAGAAACCCAGACCUCCCUCUCCCCAGCUACCUCUUCUAGCUUGUCCGGUGGAAUAGCCAGAUGUUCCCAGGCCAGCCGAGAGAGUGUGUCCUGGGUGUGCCCCGGGACCUCCUCCGGACAUGCCCAGAACACUCAGGAGGCGUCCAGGAGGCAUCCUUGUCAGAUGCCUGAACCACUUCAACUGGCUCCUUUCGAUGUGUCCGUUAAUACAUUAAUUACAUACGUUAAUUAUUGUUUUCAGUUUACUUUUUUUCAGUUUUCUCUUUCAUCCCUUCAGCUCACCCUUGUCCGUAAUAUAUUAUAUAUAAACGUAAUAUAUAAUAUAUAAACGUAAUAUAUAAGUCACUUAGAUAACCUAAAACUGUUAUUGUUUGGCUUUUUUCAGUGUUGUUUUUUGUUCGUGAGUAAAUCGGUUUGACUGAGAUUAAAGGUAUCUGAUUAGGUCAGAUUACAAAUAAAUUUUUUAAUUCCCCGGGUGGUUUUCACACAGCUGAAUAAACGUCAAACAGGAAACUGAUUAAACAGAAGUGUGAAAUGGUCAAGAAUUUACACCAGUGUCCUGUUAUAUUUUUAGAUAGCAA